UUUUAUUUAUUUUUUUUCUACUCCUAUGGAAGAUGGGGAAUUCAUACGCUGGGCAGCUCAAAACGACGCGUUUUGAGGAAGUUUUGCACAAUUCAAUUGAGGCAUCUCUGAGGUCGAACAACUUGGUCCCCCGACCCAUCUUUUCACAGCUGUAUUUGGAAGCUGAACAGCACCUCUCCUGCUUGGAAGGUGGUCGUUUGGAUAAUAAUGAUGAUGAAGAGGAAGACGAUGAUGGGUCUGAAUCAAGCAGUUCACCUCACUCAUAUCAGAACAAACCUCCCCCUGAAGGUUGCUGUACAACAGAUGGCUUUUGCCAGGCCGGUAAAGACCUGAGAUUGGCAACU